AUGGAAAUUAGAGACAGUGGAUCGGAUUACGGAGCGAGUUGCGUACCACCUCGAACGACGAUGGAAAGCAAAGGGAGACAUGUGCCAAAAGAAGGAACAAGUGCGUCCGAUCGGUUGUGUGGCAUAUACGGACGAGACAAUGUGGAACUUCCAUUACUGAUCGAAAUCCAGUUGGACAACCUGGUUCUCUACUUCGUUCACGGUGUGUCGCCAGAAACGACCUUAAAUGAACGUUUGAGUCGACUUUUCUUUGGAGCAACUGGACACCGGGAUGCGAGUAGAACCAGUGCAAAGUUGAACAAAAGAUGA